AUGAUUGGAAGACGCUUUGAAGGUCGGGACCUCAUACUGUUUGAUCCUGAGAUUGAAAGAACAGUUAGGAAACGAAAAGACAAAUUCACUCACUCACUGGAACAUCAAGAAGACGGAGGUUUCGUUGAAAAUAUAAACGAGAAGAGUGACGAGAACGUUGGGGAACAACAAUUAGUGCAAGAGGAAGCAAGGGAACGAACACAACCUGCUCGAGCUAUGAAGGAGUACUCCAUCCCAACUCUUUCCAACACUCCAUCACGUAUUGUAGUACCAGAAGUUGAAGCAAAUUCUCGAAUGAAGAUCCUAAAUGUCUCUGAUGAAGUGGUUAGGCUGAAACUGUUCCCAUUUUCAUUAAAGGAUAGAGCCAAAGCUUGGCUUCACUCACUGCCAGCUGAAUCCAUUAAUUCAUGGGAGGGAUUAGCUAAAAAAUUUCUCCAGAAAUUCUUCCCUGCGCAGAAAACGAAUCAGCUUAGAAGAGAUAUCAUGCAUUUUAGUCAAGGGGAGCGUGAGCCAUUCUAUGAAGCUUGGGAGAGAUUUAGAGAGUUGCUGCAAAAAUGCCCUCAUCAUGGCAUUAUUGAUUGGAUGCAGAUGCACCUCUUUUAUGGAGGACUUACAACUGCAAACAAAUGA